UCUCCUCAGCUUUUCAUAUCUCACAAGCAUUAUAAACAACAAGUAUUACGCAACUGCAGAAAUGAAUACAACUACAAAUUACGAUAAAACCGCGCCAGAAUCCGGCGGCGGCGCGGCUCCGUCGACGCUGCCCCCGAACUUCUUCCGCCUGGAUUUGAUCCUCCGGCUUUUCGUUUUCGCAUCGACGGUUUCAGCACUCGUAGUUCUGGUCACCAGCAAGGAUACAGAGACGAUCGCGACCGGCUUCCCCCCGCCGUUCGCGUCCGUGACCCGCGACGCUAAGUUCAAUUACUCGCCUGCGGUUAUAUAUCUUCUUGUGGCGCUUGCAGUCGCAAUCCUGUAUAGCAUCAUAACAAUCAUCGGCUCAUGCUCUCUCGCAUCACGUCCUGCUCCAUCAACAAAGAUCCUAUUCAAUCUAAUCGUGUUUGAUACGUUGAUGGCUGGGAUCUUGGCUUCAGCCACCGGCAGCGUAGGCUCGGUGGCGUACCUCGGCCUGAGGGGCAACACGCACACGAAUUGGAACAAAGUCUGCAACGUGUUUGGAAAGUUCUGCAAACAUAUCGGGAGCUCCACGGUCGUUACGCUCGCGGCCACCAUCGGCCUCAUCCUCCUCGUCGUGCUCUCCUCCUACUCCCUCUACCGCCGCAGUCGCUAGUUUGCCUGUCCGAUCGAUCGGAAGCCCCCUUUUUAUCGAUCUCCUGAUCAGUAGUGUUUGAAUGUACAUGUUGGUGCAUGAGUGUGUUCUCAUGUACAUGUAAAAGUUGUUGUUGCAUUACUUGGCUUGGAUUUCGAGUUGUUCUUAAUUUGUGUUUCAUUGCUUUUGGUAAAUUUGUUUAGGAACUAGUCAUAAUUUUCAAUUUAGUACAUUGUAUUUGUUAAAGCGCUCAGGAAAAUUCAAAAGCUUAAA